AUGGCUGAUCUUAUAACGAUGGAAUGCUUGAGAAAAAUGAAGUUCGAAGAAAAGCACUUGCAACCCUUCGAUAAACGCUUGAUCGGGUUUGGAGGAACUCAGGUCAUUCCACUGGGAACAAUCAUACUUCCCCUGCGGGUAGGGAAAAAAAGUGGAAGCAGAACAAUGCCCAUACGAUUCACGGUAGUAGAUCUGACAUUCCCCUACAAUGCCAUCAUGGGGCUCCCACUUAUCAACAAGAUCAAAGCCGCAAUCUUUCCUCAUCAAUUCUUGUUACAAUUUGAGCAAAAUGACGGACAAGUCGGUAUCCUCAAAGGGGAUCAGGUGACGGCGCGCCAAUGCCUCAUUAAUACCUUAAAGCGAGGAGCUUCCGUCACCCCCUCCAAAAGAAAGAGGGAAGAAGAUUACCCAACUGUCAUGAGCGUGUAUCUGGAGAACCCUAACACGCACGAAAGGCCUCACCAGUAG